CUUUGUUUUUAUGUUGAACGGUUGCCAUGGACGAAGCUGAACAGGAACAACAGAAUCGACGCGUUCUAACGCUACUAGAAGCGCUAAAGAAGACCUCCAAAGAUCUACGAAGCAACCCCAUUUCCCCAACGAACACCCACAAUUCGGAAACCUCUGUUGAAGCUCUUUCAAAGCUCGAAGCGGAGGCCGCAGCCGUUGUUUCCACGAACCCAAAUCUUUUCAACCUCCAUCGAUUGCUCUGCAUUCUCAAGACCCUGCUCGAAACGCUCGAAGAAUCUCAGGGCUACAGCUUCAAACCCCUCCUCCGCCGCCAGAUCACUAACUUCAGGAUUUCCCGGGCUGCAUGCAAGUUGGAGGCUGAGAUUCAAGCGUUUCUUGACCGAGAAAGUGUGCAAAAUCUUGUAAGAACGCUGCAGGAAUCGGCGGAUGAGGAGCAGAAGGUUAAGGUCUUGGCUGAUUUCAGAAAACGGGUGGGCCAAGGUUUCGAUAGAGAUUUUCAGGAGUUGGUUUUGAGAGCGAAGGUAUUUUCUAUUCUUGAAUCUUUACUCUGUGACUCCAUGUGUUCGAAGCGGGUUCGAGACGAAGCGGCUCUUGUUGUAGAUGCGUUGGUUAGAUUCAAUAAGAAUGUUUUUGUGGGAUUGGUGUUCAUGGGUCCGACAAUUAAUGGAGCCUUGACUUCUAUAGGAUCGUGUUGUUCGAUUCAAGUUCUUUGCUCACUGAUCAAAUUCAUCAGAACUCCAUUAAUAGAUGAAAUGGAAUCGAACGGUGAAAUCCCCAGAAUCAUCAACCUGUUAAGCACAGAAGAUUUGUCUAUUCGAGCGGCAGCUUUGGAUUGCAUUCUUGCACUUGCUUAUUUUGGGAGAAAAGAAGUUGUUGAAGAAAUGCUUGAAGAAAAGUUGGUGGAGAAGCUCAUGGAGUUGCAGAGAUUGGAACAUGGAAGUGAUGAGAUUGAGAGAGAGAAUAAUGGAGAAGUUUGUGUGGAAGCGGAAGUGGAGAAUAAUCCAUUUGGAAGCUGUGUUGCAAGUUUUUCAGUGCAAGUGGAAGUGGGGGAAGGGUUGAGUCAAAUAGAGAAAAGAGAAGUCAAACGAGAAAUACUGAGGAGAGUCAGAGAGGCCUCUGUUUCUGAAGCAGAGUCAUCCGCCAUUGAGGCAGAGGUAUUAUGGGGUUCUUCGCCUUGAAAUUAGAUUAAAGCAUUUUUUUUUUUUUAAAGUGAUUUAGUUUAGGGACAAAGUUUUGUUCAAUUUAAUCUAUUAAACUAAUAUAUGUUACAUGCAUUUUUAAUAGUGUAUGUAAUUCUCACACAUUUUUUUCACGUGCAUUUUGAACAUAUAUUAGUUUAGUGGACUCAAUUGUAGAAACGGAAACUUUAUAAUUAGUGUUAGAAGAGUAACCACAAAGGAGUUUACUAAUGGGUAAGAAGAGUUGAAGAGUCUUAAUAAAUAUUUGGUUUAGGACUUCUAUCUCUUAUGAUUUGAAUUGAAUGUAUUAGUAGGGUUGAGAUUAUAGUUGUAUUAUAAUUACAGUAGUUUUGCUUA